CUACAGUCGUACAAUGGCAGGAUCCCAACGAAUCUGUGCGGUAGCUUUGUCUUACGUACAUGCGCCGCCCGGAUCUCGCACCACUCAGCCAUUCGCAGAAGCACGCGAGGCGACCUGUUCGUGGAAGUCGCGCCGGGUGCGUACGUGAGCCGCGGGCGGAACGACGACUGGAUCAAGAGCUCGACAGCGCUGCGGUGUGACACGAAGGCGAUCGAGGACAACGUGCGCGCGACGUGCGGGGACCUGGUUGCGGAGUGCAUCGUGGUGGGCAACGGGCGGCCGUCGCCGGUGGUGUUCGUCGAGGCGCUGGUCGCGAUGGACGCGGAGAAGCUGCGGAGGGAGAUCGUAAGGCGGACGCGACAGUUCCACGCGCGGCGGUAUGUGCACGAGCGGAUCACGUCUGCGAGGAUGGUGGUGGUGGUGGGGCGCGGGACGCUGCCGCGGACAGCGACGAAGGGGAACAUCCGGCGUCGGGUGGUGGAGGAUAUGUUCAAGGUGCAGCUGGACGCGAUAUUUGCAUCAUGA